UCGUGUUGAAGAACUGGCCAGGAAUUAAACUGAACGUGACUACAUCAGGAGCAGACGACUCAGCAGACGUCACUCUACGUAUUGUCCCCCCUUUCCCCUUUAGCUAUUGUUUUUUUUUUUUUGUCUUUCUUUCCGUGGACACUUUUCAAACCUGUUUGCUUAUGUUUGGUGGAGGAGCUGUGAAAACAAUUUCUCGUGUUUCUAUAUAAUUUUUUUCGUUCAAUACAUGUCGUUCUUCCAUUAGCUCAUUUUUAAUGACACUUGACUCCAGGUCCAGCAUGUCUUCAGUUCUUUACUUCAGCCUUCUGGUAGCCACGUCUGCUGUUUUAAUUGUAGCAGCUGAAGGCCAGGGCAUGAACAAGUCAAGCCAUAUCGUUGUGGUCUUAGUGGACGGCUUAGACAGAGAGACAGGGAACUGCCACCGGGCAGUUAACAUAUCUUCUGUUGGAUUUCUGGUGCAGGUCUUCGCUGACCUGGUGAAUAACGUGACUAACAGAACUGCUAUCUCCACAGUGAAAGGUCAUUGUGAUGAAAUGGACAAAGUCAUUCAACGCACACUGGAGCUCCUGGGAGAAAACUCAGUUACCGAUCUAGUUACUCCGACUUCUAAUCUCACUAGCGACACGCUCCUGGACAUUUUCAACGUUUUUGGAGUCAGAGUCGUAGAGUUGGUGACAGGGGAUGUCGUGAGAACUUCUAGGCGCAUGAACCAUUACGUGGCGCCCCGACGUUCAUAUUGGGAACUUGAGACUGCUCUUAAUUUUAUCGAAGACAGAAAUUGGACGACUGUUAGUCUUGAUUCGACUGCCUCUCCUGCCUAUAGACAUCUUGCCAGUAGACUUUUACAAAAUGGCCACUGCAUCGUUUCGUCCUCUUUCGACAAGAGAUUUCCUCAAAUAAAAACAACAGAAAUGGAUGUCGUAAUGCUCAAUCAGGUCAACGCGUCAGGUGUUCUGCUUUUUGCGACCCCUAUAGACGACAUGGUGAAAAUCUUUCUGAAAACAAAGACUUUUCUGAACCAAACAAUUUUCUACCUGGGUGAAAAUAAGAGGUCAAGGUCGUGGACUGUGAAUAAUCUAAGCUCUCAUUGUAAUAAUGGCACGUCAAAUGUUUUCUGUUCUUUUUACGACAUCUUGUCAACUCAAUCAUUUUAUUCACUUCGCGAGUUUCAGGAAGUCGUAAAGACUCUAUCAGUCGUCAUCAACAAACCGGAGAUAAAACAAAAGUGUGUCCAGUCCAACGACUCUCAAGCCUGCGUUUUAUGGAGCCUUCUAACUGAUGAUCUCGGAGUAUCUCCAAACAGAGCUCUGUAUCCACUGGAGCCUCUUUACUCAAUGUUUGUCCGGUACGCACUGCCGGAUGGCACGAUUCGGUUUGACAACGUCACUUUUAAUACUCCAAAACGCUAUCCGAUGAAUGAAUUAUCACCCCUCGAAAAUACCCGUAUCCAAUGGAAGCAAUCAACUCAUGCAAGCUGCGAGCCUUAUUGUCGUUACUGUUGGAAGUGUAUUCCUUUGAAAACUUCCACAAGAGAGAUGCUACAAUCAGGGGCAGGUACUCUUAUCAUUGUUGGGCUUUUCCCUCUAACGGUGCACUCGGAUGCUGGGCCUUGCUCUCGGAAGAAUAGACUAGGGCAGGCAGCGGCGGAGGCUUUUCUAAAAACAUUUCAACUGAACGCUGGGCAGGAAGCAACUUUAGUUCAAGGUGUAGUCAUAGAUACCUGUAUACCUGCCGAUAACCCUGACACUAUAGUCCAUGAUUUAGAGUCUUGUAAAUACACUUAUAAUACAUUUCAGAGUUCAUCAAAAGACCAAACUAUUAUCCAGCCUUCUAAUAUCGUGGGUUAUGUUCAAGCAUUUGGCUCAGUCAUUAGAAGCUCAAGUCAACCCACAAUCACUAUCACCAAGUUAGGCUACUCCAUGACUUCUGACUUGGACUCAAAAUUUGCUGAUAAUUUACUAGUGACCCUGAAGCACCUGAACUGGACAGUGUUGAAUGUCAUUGUGUCUGACCAUGGGCCAUUCUCAUCUGUUUAUGGUCAUGUUAGAAACUCUUCUAUGUUCCAUCAGUUUUGUUUUGCUGAGUCAAUACUGCUCCGCCCAGAUAAUGUAAGCAGGUCAAGAGAUUUGAACAGAAUAAUGACCAGCCUGGACAAAACGACGUUGUUCCUACUUCUGACCAACGCAGUAGAUACUGAAGAGGCCCUUCAACAUCUACGGAGUUCAUGGGCGAUAACUGGACGUAAAUUGUCUCUGAUUUUUACUCCCUUGAAUGAUGUCCCCUUGACUCUCCACGACAUUCACAUCUACACGGAGAAUGUCGUCUAUUUAAAGAUGUCUCGGAAUAAAACGACAAACGCUGGGAACAACGCAACGAACACUGGGAACAACGCAACGAACACUGGGAACAACGCAACGAACACUGGGAACAACACAACGAACACUGGCAGCGACAGAAGCAUACAAUUGAAUGACGAAAGUGUCCUAUUAUUGCUAGAUCAAGCAACUAGGGAGUUCAAAUCUGCUGUUGAAGAUCGUGGUUCGAGUCCUAGUCAGCCAGAAACUGUGGAGUCGUUCCAGCUGGAAGUCGCUGUUGUCAACCGGGAAUCAGUGCAAGGGCAUUUAGUGGCUAAAGUUGACCAAACUCUAACAUGGCUGCAACCAUUCCAUACCCAGCCAUUCUCACACUGCAAUGGGUGGUGUCCACAGUGCCUGUCCUGUAGAACCAGAAAGAAUCAUGUACCAAGUUCCCUCUACAUCCAGGGCGACCUCAUAGUAACGGGGUUAUUUCCCUUAAGAAAGAAAGGCCUUGGGUUUUUCCGUUGCGGUGACUAUAACAGGGACCCAGACACCCUUCAGCGUAUUUUCGCUUUCAUGUUUGCAGUGGACACCGCCAAACAGAGGUACCCGGACUUGCUACCUGGGAUAAAGAUUGGCGGACUUAUUUUAGACUCCUGCUCAGACUUCAACACGGCUUUGAAAGUCAUCGGAGAUUUCGAAACUUGCUCUGACAAAUUCGGCCCCAUGAUUUUAGAUUCGGAAUCGUAUUCUGAUAAAACCUACGAGAAAUACGCCUACCCGAUUCAAAAUAUCGGAUAUGUGGUUGACGAACAGGGUAUCGAUAUCGGACAAUUAAGAAAAAUAUUCGAUCCUUCAGCACAUAGACAUUUGGUUUUCUUGGAUAAUGAUGUCAGCAUGACCCAGAGAGAAAUUGACAGGAAGCAAAUGGUGGACGCGAUUUUAGAACUUCUGGUCAGGCUGAAGUGGAAAAAGGUCAUGGUUCUAUUUGAGAAUGUGACCAGGUAUCAAAACGAGGCUGAGCUUCUCCAGAAGGAGCUAUUUGAAGAAGCAGUAUGCCUGGUCGCGAUGGAAAGCUUCACUCCUAAUAAAAUUUCCAGCCUGGACAAUGCCCUCAAAACUCACGCUGGCGUGCCGGUCAUUAUUCUGUCAAGCCAAAAGACAACACUCACAGUUCUGAAGUCGAUGCAGAGUUCUCUGUCACACCACUGGAUUUUACCUACAUCUUCCGACAGAUACGAAAUCACGGAACUGGCGCCUCUCCUACCUGCGGGUUCGAUUAUUAUAAGUCAUGAAUCCGAUCAAAAUGAAGCUUUUAAUACAUUUAUAAGAGAUAUUAACAAAGCACCUUCGCAUGCCCCGGUGUGGUAUCAACAAUUCUGCGGCUCAUCGAGAGAUCGAAAUUGCUCAAGACUGAUCCAAGAUACCCGCAGGGAAAGCGUAUCCUCGUCGACCAAUGACGUCAUGUUGCACGUUGACGCCAUGCUGCACGGCCUCCAUUACCAGUACACAAGGAGGUGCCCAGAUCACAGGGGCAUCUGUGACGCUUUCGCUGAUGUAAUCAUUUCCGGCGACUUGCCGCCCAUUUUGCAAGAUGUGAACUUUGUAUAUCAAGGGGAGCAACUUCAAUAUAUUUCUCCAGAGAAAAUAAUUCAGAAGUUCUCUCUCUUUAACAAGCAAGGCGACAAAUUGAGGAAGGUCGGAACAUAUUUCAAGCGUCAAUUUCUUCUCAACGCCAGCAGCAUCCAGUUUUACAAUGAACUUGGAGAAGUUCUGACCCACAUCCCAGAGAUACACUGCCGUAACGAAUGCGCAUGCGUGAAGAUCUUCGCAAGAAAUCUAUCCCACGCCAUAGACGAUCACCAUUUCUACUCUUCUCAGCCAGGAGAGUUCAUCCUGGAGACUUGGGCGAUAGCAGUGGUGGCGGUGUCUGGAUCAGGAUGCUUCAUGUCGCUCGUUUUUGCUGUUUACGUCAUUCAUAAAAUGUGCACGGGGACGAUCGGAAAGAGAUACACCUUCCUGGGCCUAGCUCUUCUGCUGGCGGUGACUGUGAUGUAUUCAGCAGUGCUACCGUUUGUUUUCACGCCAAGCGAGACGGUCUGCGCGCUGAGGUACUUCCUGACAGGCGUGGCCUACGCGCUCUGCUUUGCUGUUAUUUUAGUGAAGCUGAUGACACUUCAGAGCUACAAGUUUAUAGGGCUAGGAGGCGAGGUGUCGGGUUUGAACCAGGCGGCUACUGUGUUUUUUAUUACAUGUGUUCAGGUAUCGAGUGGUGUACACUGGUGGUUGUAUUACAGUCCGUUUGUUCAGUCUACGCAUAAUAUGGUCGGUGGUCUGAUGUAUGCUUGCAACAUGGGAAAAAUAGACCUUUCAAUAUACUUAGCUUACGUCAUGUUCCUUCUUGUCGCGUGCUGCCUUUACAGCGUCGGAGUCAGGAACGAGAAAAGAAACAUGGGGGAGGCCAAGCUUCUCCUCUCUUGCAGCUGGCUCUGUUUAGCUGUCUGGUUAAGCUGGCUCCUCUGCCUCUUCCUCUUGGACGCGAAAUGGUCUCAAGUCAUCGUCUGCGCCUCCAUCCUGGGCUGCGCCUCAUCCGUCAUGUUGGUCGUCUUCAUCCCCAAGAUCCGCCUGGUGUCACGGCUCAAGUAUGACCUAUCCCAGAAGUCCGCAGAAAGAAACGGCUAUAGCAUAGACACGGACUUUCUCUACGAAAGGCCGCAGUCUCUGCCCGGUACUCUCACGAGCACUUUCUCCUCAGGCAAAGCCAGCUGCCCCAAGACUGUGACGAGUUUUGACUCAGACUUGAAUCAAUGAGUUCACGUUUAAAACUCAAACUCGGCAACUAAAGCACGUGACAUUUAUUUGCAUACACUGUGAUAGUUUGUUUUAAGCAGACGACACUUACUCUUUUGGAAAUCAAAGAGAGUUUAAAUAUAAUAUAAGAUAAUCAAAGAUAAUUUAACUAUAUGUAUAUUGUGUAACUUGACAUUGAUCCGAUAAUGUGUGUGUAUUAUCUACAUCUGUUAACUAUUGACAAAUACUGUUUGCAAACUUAGUUUUGCCUAGGAACUUAACAGCGGACAUAAACUUGUAAUGCCAACUGCGGGACAUCUAGUGACCGCACCACUUUCAAGUCUUCACCACCAGGACGGGCACUGAGGACUGGUGGACGACGUACUCGCUGACGCUGCCCUCCAGUGUGCGCCUGACGGUGCCGAGGCUGCGGGAGCCCGUGAUGAUCAUGU